AUGCGGACUGUUAUUACCUGCAACGGCCGCAACACUCAGCAAUCGACAGUAACGACGCACAUUCCACGGUAUGGGAAGCUGCGUCUCUUCACCGCCAGCGCCGCCGCCAAAAGAUGCGCAUCGUUCACGAAUUGCGCAGGAGAAGCUGAAUACAACCGUCAAAUCAACAAGGAACUCGCCUUGGCGGAGCGCAAACUCCAUCGUGAAGUCAAGAUCCUGCUACUGGGUGCUGGUGAAUCUGGUAAAACAACAGUGCUGAAGCAGAUGCGGCUCAUCCAUGCAUCUGGCUUUUCCGUACAAGAGCGGCAACAUUGGCGGACAGUUGUCUUUCAAAAUCUGCUCGUGUCCAUGAGAACAAUGCUAGAAGCAAUGGAGUUGCUUGAGGUUGAGCUACGGCAAGAGAACGAAGACUAUAUUGACUUGUUCUUGCGCGACUAUGAAAUUGAGCGCAAUGAACCUCUUCCGGCAGCAUUCUAUGGCGCCAUGACGCGCAUGUGGCAAGAUGAAGGUAUCCAAGAAGUUGCUCUACGUGGCAACGAAUACGCACUACACGACAAUGUCUACUAUUUCUACAACCAGCUCGACGCUCUCUUUGCACCAGAUUAUAUACCCAGCGACCAAGACAUUCUGCAUUGCCGACUCAAAACAACAGGUAUCACGGAGACGUUGUUUGAGUUGCAUGAAUUAUCCUAUCGCAUGUUUGACGUCGGUGGUCAGCGUUCAGAACGGAAAAAGUGGAUCCAUUGCUUUGAACAAGUGACUGCAGUUUUGUUCCUUGCCUCCCUCAGCGGCUAUGAUCAGUGUCUUGUGGAGGAUCGCAGUGCCAAUCAAGUGAGCGAAGCGCUGAUGCUAUUUGAUGCGAUAUGCGGCAGUCAGUGGUUCGUCAAGACGAGCAUGAUUCUUUUUCUCAACAAGAUGGAUCUCUUCCGCGACAAGCUCGAUGGUGAUGGUGGUGUGUCGUUUCAAAAGUGGUUUCCAGACUGGAAACCGCAAUCGCAUGGCAGAGUGGCGGAUGAGGGCAUGCUCUUUUUGCAGCACAAGUUUGCAGAUCCGAAAAAACGGACGGAGCGUGUCAUUUACAGCCAUUUCACCAAUGCAACAGAUACUACUUUGUUGAGAAGUGUCAUGGCGAGUGUCACGGAUAUUAUCUUGCAGAACAAUCUCAAGGGAGUCUUGUUGUGAGCGAGAUGGUGACCUGGCCGUACAGAAAUGAAGAUUCUGGAAGCUAUUGUGCAAUUAUGCAAACCCUUUGCAAUGAAGAAGUUCAGGCAGUAUGUUUGCCAACAUCCCCUCGAAGGACUCGCUCCUGUCAAUUAGUCGUCAUUGCAAAUCGAUGAAAUUGGGCUCACGAGCUUCAUAGCCCGUGUCGCUUAAAAAGGGUUCUACUGGCUUGCUCUUUUCAUAAUUCCUCAAUCCUAGGGACGAUCAUAUCGAACAAUGCCUAAUCUUAUAUGC